AUGGGCUCACGGUGCGGCCUGCAGGGGAUGAGUAGGUGGGCUCAUUGUGUGGCCUACAGGGGGCGACAGGAAAUCCUCAAGAGAAAGAGAAAAAAUACAUUCAGUGAGUGUGGGAAAAACUUAAGUGACUACUCAGUCAUUACAAAGCAUCAGAGAAUCUGCACAGGGGUGAGGCCCUAUGAAUGCAGUGAGUGUGGAAAAUGCUUCACUAAGAUAUCAGCCCUUUCUGAACAUUGGAGAAUCCACACAGGAGAGAGGCCCUAUGAAUGCAGUGAGUGUAGAAAAUGCUUCACUAAGAGCUCAGCCCUUUCUGAACAUCAGAGAAUCCACACAGGGGAGAGGCCUUAUGAAUGCAGUGAGUGUGGGAAAAACUUCACUUACAGAUCAGGCCUUUUUAACCAUCAGAAAAUCCACACAGGGGAGAGUCCCUAUGAAUGCUGUGAGUGUGGGAAAACCUUCAAUCGCAGCUCACACCUUAUUAGGCAUCAGAGAAUCCAUACGGGGGUGAGGCCCUAUGAAUGCAGUGAGUGUGGGGAAAGCUUCACUAACAGUUCAGCCCUUUCUGAACAUCACAGAAUCCACACAGGGGAGAGGCCCUAUGAAUGCAGUGAGUGUGGGAAAGACUUCACUCGCAGAUCAGGCCUUUUUCAACAUCUGAGAAUCCACACAGGAGAGAGGCCUUAUGAAUGCAGUGAGUGUGGGAAAACCUUCACUAGCAGCUCAGCCCUUUCAGAACAUCAGAGAAUCCACACAGGGGAGAGGCCCUAUGAAUGCAGUGAGUGUGGGAAAAGAUUAAAUAACAGCUCAGACCUUUCUAAACAUCAGAGAAUCCACACAGGGGAGAGGCCCUAUGAAUGCAGUGAGUGUGGAAAAAACUUCACUCACAGAUCAGGCCUUACUGAACAUCAGAGAAUGCACACAGGAGAGAGGCCCUUUGAAUGUCAUGAGUGUGGAAAAUGCUUCACUAGCAAAUCAGUCCUUACUAAACAUCAGCAAAUCCACACAGGGAAGAGGCCCUAUGAAUGCAAUGAGUGUGGGAAAACCUUCAUACGCAGCUCGCACCUUAUUAGGCAUCAGAGAAUCCACACAGGAGAGAGGCCAUGUGAAUGCAGUGAGUGUGGGAAAAGCUUCACUAGCAGCUCAGCCCUUUCAGAACAUCAGAGGAUCCACACAGGG